AUGACCCAAUCCUUCACCCCCGCCGAGGUCGCAACCCACAAUACUCCCGACAAGGGCCUCUACAUCAUCAUCGACAACAGCGUCUACGACGUGACCAAGUUCAUCGACGAGCACCCCGGCGGCGCCAAGAUUCUCAAGCGUGUGGCGGGCAAGGAUGCCUCGAAGCAGUUUUGGAAGUACCACAACGAGGGCGUGUUGAAAAAGUAUUCGCCCAAGUUGAAGAUUGGGGAGGUGAAAGAGGCUGCUAAGCUGUGA